ACUGAUUUAGCUUCAUAUGAAUAGGAUAGCGUCACGUGGUAUGUUUUGACGAUGCUCAAAGCAUGGACCUAGUCACGGUGACUGCUAGCAAGGCGUUUAUUGUCACAAAACGAUGGGCCGGUCUGGAUACGAGACUACAAACAUAUGGUCAGCUGAAGAACCCGAAACGCCAUUCUCGAUCUGUUCCGCCGAUACACCUGAAAUCGAAGAAGAGCACCCAUUAUUUAAGUUGAAGGAUUUAUUCCUGCAUGUGGCCAUGGAGGCUUAUAUGCAGGUCAACGAGCGGGGGCGUCAGCAAAAUGAGACUAUGGAAGCAAUUGAAGGUAAUAUAGAGAUAUCGAUCGAAUCAGUUGACCAAGAGCAUGACACGAAUGACCGUCCGCGAAAACGUGGGCGCUUGUCAGAUUGCGCCUCAACUGUUGCCGGGGAAAAGAAAAGUCAGAGGGCUAGUACUAGGCGGCGAACACAGGAUCGACGACUCUGGCUUGCUUGUCCGUAUGCGAAAAAGGAUCCAGUACGGUAUCGACGCUGCUACGGGUACUUCCUUGGCAGAGUCCGCGAUGUUAAGCAACACCUAACACGUUGCCAUCGUAAACCGAUAUGUUGUCCAAUCUGUAACGAGAUAUUUGACGACGAAGAUGAAAAGGAUGUUCAUAUACGAUCGCAGAGCUGUGCUCGCCGCCCUUCUAUCAAGAUAGAAGGUAUCUCGGAGAAGCAGAAGAAGGAACUUGGCCAUAGGCUAUCUUCGAAGCUUCCGGAGGAUCAACAGUGGUUUGCCGUCUGGGAUACCCUUUUCUCUCCGCAUCCUCGACCUAAGACACCAUACCGCGAUAGAGAAUUGUCGGAGGAUUUAUGCGUCUUCCAGGAUUUCAUGACAGCCCGAGGGCCAACUCUUUUAGCCGAUUUUCUGGAAACUAAAGGAGUGACGACUUCAAAUCUUCCUAACGAAGAAAGGGAUUUGGAAAGUUUCAACAAGGAAAUACUUGGGGAAGGGUUGCAACUUAUCAUUGACCAAUGGACAGCGGACAGCGCGACAGCGAUCGAACAAAGGAGCGCCACCCAGAGCCUUCGAUCAUCGCCGACUGUUGACUCGGGCAUUGCGUUGCAAAUCGGUUGCCCUAAGACGAUAGAAAGGCACAAAACAGAAAAUCCAUCUGGAAGCGACUUCAUUAAUUCUAGCUCGGAUGACAAGAAACGUCUUAAAGAUAACGCUCGGAACACGCAUAGUGCCUCCGGUAUGGCAGGAAAUGCAGGGAAUACGGAGAAGGGGACGGCCACAUUUCAGGCUCAUGAUGGACCCGGACAUCAUACCCAGUCCAUCAUGGAUUGGACCACAAACCCGUCAGAGGACUUCUCGAUGGAUUCUUUCCAAAAUCGCACAGAAAUAUCCAACUCUUUAGAUAUGUCGCAAUUCGCAGUGAUUCCGGACUAUGCCGAGGCAACCAUCUUCCCUGCACCAGCCGGAGCUUCGGACCUACUGAAUUUCGACAUAGAAUGGCCACCCUGACGAGACUCAUC